AUGGAAAAGGUUCGCAUAGUGCUGCCAUUUAUUGUCUCAUUUGUUGGUGCAACAGCUCCAUCUAUGGAACUUUACAAUAGCUUUCUCGAAAAGGAAAAUGUGAAUAUGAAGAGUGGAGUAAAGGAUGGGAUCUUCUGGAAUGAUUAUGCAGAGACAUUUGUUCCAAAAGGGAUGGAACAAGUUGACAGCAUAAAAUGCGUAGAAAAAAUAUCACAUCAACGUGUAGUGAAGGUGAUAAAUGCAAAUCAGUCAGUAUGUGGAGAUGGAGGCAAUGCUAUUGUCAAACUAAAUGAUGGAUGUACAAUGUGUGUAAGACAUAAGAGAUGGGUAGCAAAAACAAACAUAUAUGCUGAAUCCUUUGCUUUCUACUUAUCUCGCUUACUUGGUAUGGACAAUGUUCCAGAGGUAGUGAUUUCAAAUAUAUCUUCUCCAUUGUGGAAAGGAACUGAUUUUAUCAAACUAGGCUGGCGAGAACAUGAAUUAGUUGCAAUGAUCAGGUGGCUCCCAGACACAAGUCAAAAGGUAUUCAUGCCUUCGGUCAUAAAAGAUGCUGUUACAUCAGGGAAGCCAGUGGACAGUGAUGUAAUUUAUAAUACAAAUACGCUUAGAAGUAAUACUUCCAUAUCGGAGCUUAUUCAGUGGGGCACAAUGAUCAUUUUUGACAACUUAAUCGAGCAUAAUGACAG